AUGAUUCUGAAGAGAGUUCAGCAGCUCGGAUGUCCUGUAUACACUGUAUACAACGGUGACACAGCUGCACCCACAUAAAUCACAGCCAUGGAUAUACAGAAGAAAUUCCUGUGCCCCCGAUUGGUAGAUUAUCUUGCCAUCGUGGGGGCCAGGAUGCCUGCUGCCUCUCGUCAGCCCGUACAGAUCCCGGAGUUACUACGCAGAUAUCCGGUGGAGGAUCACAAGGAUUUUCCUCUGCCUCUGGAUAUGGUGUACUUCUGCCAACCGGAAGGUUGCAGUAGCAUGGGACCAAAACGCACGGCCUUACGAGAGGCAACGUCCUUUACCUUCACCCUCACCGAUAAAGAUUCAGGAAAAACGCGUUAUGGGAUCUGCGUGAAUUUCUACCGACCUACUGAAAGAGCGGGGGUCGUGGCUGGCGGGGGCGUUUCGCUCAAGAGAGAAAAGUACAAUACCACGUUUCGUAGAGAAAGCUGGAGGAAGAGCAUGGAGAGAAGCACAGAUUCCGCUUUUUCUAGCGACUAUAGGAGCAGUGCAGUGGGUCCCAGUGACUCUGAGAAAGAUUGCUCUAGUAGCAGGAGGGAUUCAGACACCCCGCAGGUACCCCACGCCCCAAGAUUAGAAUUCAUCGCACCGAGUGGAGAUAGCGAGAGCGGCGGCAGUCAUUCCCCUUCGCCACGUGCAUCUCGAAGACGUCAGAGGGUUCGCAAUCAUUCCUUGACUUCACUAUGCAUCAUUUCUCAUCAUCCAUUUUUCUCGAUGUUCCGAGAAUGUCUUUUCGUUCUGAAGAAAAUCAUCGACGCGUGCAACGAAAGUUUUUCACCGCAGAAAGUAGGAGCUUCUCGACAGACCAACAGAGAUACAGUAUGGAGUGUUCUAACGGGUCAGGUUCUGGGCGACACGCCGUCCAUCGUGCUUCACGACGUUCGCGAGAUUGAAACAUGGAUAUUGCGUUUACUCAGCAGUCCCGUACCCGUCCCAGCAAAGACGCGCGUCGAAGUUGAGAUAAUAUCAUCGAACUUGCAACCUCCGCUAUGUUUCGCCCUGCCGGACCAUACCAGGUUCUCCUUGGUCGAUUUUCCUCUGCAUCUACCAUUGGAGCUUCUUGGCGUUGACAUAUGUUUAAAGGUCCUCACGCUGAUCCUUUUGGAAAAUAAGAUUGUACUUCAGUCCCGGGAUUAUAACGCUUUGUCCAUGUCGGUCAUGGCGUUUGUCACAAUGAUUUACCCGCUGGAGUACAUGUUUCCCGCAAUACCCUUACUUCCCACGUGCAUGAGCUGCGCGGAACAAUUGCUGCUCGCUCCGACGCCUUUCGUGAUCGGAAUACCCGCGUCUUUUCUAUUGUAUAAGAAGAACUUCAAGAUGCCCGACGAUAUCUGGCUAGUGGACUUAGAUAGCAAUAAGAUAACAGCGCCAGGCGCUUUAGGCGAAGACAGUCUGCCGCCUUUGCCGGAACCGGAGGGUACCAUCUUGAAGAAUCAUCUGAAGCAGGCAAUGCAACUGAUGGAUCAAGUUGGCUCUAGUGCGAUGGCCAGUAUGUCAGGCCCUCCACUACCCCCGCAAGACAUUUCGAUGCGUCUGUCUUUUCAGGCGCCGAACAGAAGAGAAAGCACAACCUCUCAUCUUUCUAGUUUAAGUGUAGCUUCGACGAAGCAUAGGCCGAGCGUCGAUCAGUGCUCACAUGUUCAGCACAUUCCAUUGAAUUCGCCUAGCAUGAGCUCAUCAUCGAGUCCACCUCGUCGGCCGUCGAUGUCACAGAUGAUCAGUGGAUCCGGACCGGCUGGUCCGUAUCCACCGAAAAUGGCCGGGCAAAGCCCGGCACCUUUUAAUCCCUUCAUCUACGGAAACGACGUGGAUUCAGUAGACAUCGCCACACGAGUCGCCAUGGUGCGAUUCUUUAACUCACAGAAUCUAUUGGCCAACUUUACCGAGCACACACGCACCCUGCGACUAUAUCCCCGGCCAGUGGUGGCCUUCCAGAUCAACUCGUUCCUUCGCUCGCGACCCAGGAAGAGCAGCUUCCUCAACAGAUUUGCGCGCACACAGGCGGUCGAGUUCCUGGCAGAAUGGUCCCUCACGCCAAGCAAUGUGGCCUUUCUGCGGGUACAGACCGGGGUGUUCGACCCAGCGCAAAUCGGUGACAAGUCGCGCUGGUACGCGACCAAUCUCGAACCGAUCUACUUUCCCGUCUGGGACUCCGGUAGCUCACUGGCGAAUGCUCUGAAAGCGAUGAGGGAACACGAGACUCAACCUACAGAUGAAAGCGGUUCCGAUUCUGAGGGCGCCGAAAGCACUAGCUCUUCUUACUCCUCCUUGAGCGAUUUCGUCUCCGAGAUGGCGUCAUCCGAUUUAUCGCCGGGAUACAAUUGCCCGCAAGUGAGCCAGCCCCAACAAAUGUCGCUCUCGGUAGAUCCGAAAAACGUUUACAAUCCACCAAGUUCUUUGCAAUAUCCCGGAGUAGAGGAGGACUCACCGGUACGACCCGAGAGUCCGCCGAGUACGUCUUCUAGCCACAGUGAUCUCAGUAGCCCGAGCUUUAAUAGGGACUCUGAACUCGAGUUGAAUCCAAAAAUUCACGAGGGUUUGCAGUCUACUAAUGAUAAAGAGGAGGGUGGUAGCUUUGAGUCAGACUCCGCGUCGACAAUAACACCGCGCACUAUCCUGAGUGCACAAAGUUCGGUAGGACAAUUCACAGGGAUAAGCAUGGGAUCUUUAGGCACUCAAUCUUCGCUCAACGAUACUGAACGUCCUACCACACCUCACAGGACUUCGCGUAUCAGUAGAUAUGUCACUCCUGUACCACCUACAGGACCGGGUCUACAACGUCAGCCAAGCGUUGGUAACGUCCUAGCGAGAGCUUCCAGCUUCAACACCGCUGGUGGGCCUCUCCUGCCACGACAGAUAAGCGCGGUCACCACUGCUGAUCAUCAACAUCACGAAGCGACGACGCAACUUCAGCGUCAGGCAUCGGCAGGACCGACAGUCAUGCAGAAAUCCAGCAACGAUAACUUGAUGCAACGGCAGAACAGUGGCGGGAGCGGUAAUAGUACCACUACUGGAAACGGUGUUCUCCGACAGGGCUCACAGGGCUCUCUGUUCGAGCAGAUUGCUAGCCAGGCGAAGGACUUGAUGCGCGAGACUAGACAGAGCAGCCAAGAUGGGUUACUAGCACACAUGGACAAGUUGAAGCAGGCAAAAGAAAAAAUUACGGAGGCUAGCGAAGACAGUCUAUUCGCGCCACUAGAGCAAUUGACGCAACAAACGAAGAAAGCGAUGGGUGAGGCCACCAAGUCGGUGCAAGAGGUAUCGAAAACCGCGUUGGAGGCGAGUAAAACCGCGGCGGGCGUCAGUAAAAAUACAUUAGACGAUCUGACGUACGUCGGCAAGAGCACGUUGGGAGAUUUGACAAAAAGUGCUAAAGAAGCUGCCGCAAAGAAAGGCUUGCUCAAGGGUCUCGGAGAAUCGCAACAAUCACCCACACAUUCGCCGCAAUCUCCCAAUACGCAGCAACGAAAGGAUUCGGUCAGUAAUCAAUUAGUCGCGUCUGAUUCUCGAGGUGGGGUUGGACGAGAUUUUUUCAGCAAUAUUAGCAGCGAUCUGAACGGUUUCGCCGCGCAGACCAGCAGCAUGUUCAGCGAUUUAUUCGGUAGUAAAAAUAAUUCUAAUCGAGGUAGUAGCUUCUUUCCGCAAAAUCAGAAAUCGAAAGAGAAGACUAAUCCAAUUCUUGGACCAUUUCCCAAAGGUUUAUUAACAGUUGCAGGAAAAACAGGAUUGGUAGAACGUUCCUCGUUAAUAAAACAUUCUACACACAAAGUUAAUCAAGAAGACGCGCAGAGAAUGCAAAAUGCAGAACGUUCCAGCACAAAUAGUGACAAUCAAGCCUUUUUAAAUGAUGUGGUGACGCAAGUGUUGGCUGGCGAAGGUGUUGGUUGGCUCAAAUUGAACAGAUUAAAAAAAUUAAUGGAGGAUGAAAAUUAUCGUGAUUUGAUUGUAACGAAGCUAAAUAAAGGUCUUAGUAGGAAGAUUAGUCCGAACGAUCACAUUGACGAUGUGGCCAUAUCAAAGCCCGUAUAUAAGGGAAUGUUAAAGUGCCUUCAAGCAGUAACGCAUGGUCUCGCGCAUACGUAUAAUAAUUUCGGAUUAGGCGGGAUGGCUUCUGUCUUCCAACUGAUGGAAAUCGCUCACACACAUUACUGGAGUAAAGAUCUGUCCGAAGGUAGUGGCUUCGACAGCUCCUUGAUGUCGCAGGCAUCUAGCCCAUUCGGUAGCAGAGAAAACUUAAAAUCUCCGCAAUCCCCGAAUCCACCCGACUUUAUGGAUCCUACGCAAAAAUCGGAACUGCCGCAAGUGCAUUUGGAUGCGCCACAGGCACCACCGGCGGGAGACACAAGCCAAUCAACGACGGACAUGUUCCUGGACAUGUUCACAAAGAAAGGGAAAUUUCUAAGCAAACUUACUUCAUUCGAUUCAGAGAGUGGGCGGGGUGGUGGAACGGGGAGCAGCGAAGCUUUAUCCACUGACGGAGGUAGCAUUAUCACUAAUCCUGCUUUUCGGCAAGCGCACCAAGCUUCCUUCCGAAGCACCGUAUCUGAUAGCGAGGUCGAGCAAGGCAAUUUUCCUCGACAGGGCAAGCAACGUUCCGGCAGCGUCUGGUCCAGCAAAUCGUCCUUAAGCACCGGAUUCAGAUAUCAUGGUGGAAGUUUGAUACCUACCACGACGUUACCAAGUCCGGAGGCUGCAAGAACGUAUCUCUUUGAAGGUUUAUUGGGGAAGGAGAGAUCAUCUCUGUGGGACGAAAUGCAAUUCUGGGAGGACGCCUUCUUGGACGCUGUUUCGCAGGAACGCGACAUGAUGGGCAUGGAUCAAGGACCCGGAGAAAUGGUGGAAAGAUACAAGAGCUUGAGUGAAAGCGAAAGACGAAGGUUGGAACACGAGGAAGACAGACUGCUGUGCACUUUGUUGCACAAUCUCACCGCUGUUCUUGUGAUGUUAAACGUCGACAAGAAUGAGUUGAAGCGGAAGGUACGCAGACUGCUGGGCAAGAGUCACAUCGGCCUCAUCUAUAGCCAGGAACUGAAUCUACUUCUCGACCAAAUAAACAAUCUUCAUGGAAACGACAUCGAUCUGAAGCCCUUAACAUCCCGGCAAAUGCACCGGCAGUCGUUCACCGUGCAUUCAGGGGUCGACGCCGAGGGCGACCUGCGCUUCCUCGAGGUUCGUCACGAUGGCCUCGUACUGAGAUCGGUUAAUGGCGUGAUAGUUGAGCGCUGGUGGUACGAACGUGUGGUCAACAUGACCUACAGUCCGAAGAAUAAAGUUCUAUGUUUGUGGAGAAGAAGUGGCGGCGAUACCGAGUUACACAAGUAUUAUACUAAGAAGUGUAAGGACGUGUACUACUGCAUUAAGGAUGCAAUGGAGAAGGCAGCAGCUCGCGGACGAGGCGCGAACGUGGGCUAUGAACUCGGUGGUGAGUUUCCGGUGCAGGAUAUGCGAACGGGUGAGGGCGGACUUCUGCAGGUCUGCAUGGAGGGCGUCGGUCUCCUUUUCGCGAAUAGCAAGGAUUUCGAGUUUUUUGUAAGACUCGAUCAUAUCCGCAAGUGCUUUACUCAAAAGGAUGGAAUCUUUGUUUUGGAAGAAUUCAAUCCUAAAACUAGACAAGUAAUUCAACGUAAAUAUAAGUCACAAAUGGCAUCUGACAUCUGCUACGCUGUUCUCUGCGUAUUUUCUUACGUGGCGGCUGGUUCGGAGCAACGAAAACAGCAGGGCCAGCAACAGCAGCAGCAGCAGCAGCAACAACAGCAACCGCAGUCGCAAUCGCAACAACAGUAUACCCUGCAACCACAUCAACAACGCCAGCACCAACAACAGUUGCAACAGCAGCAGCAAUAUCAGCAGCAACAACAAAACUAUCAAAUUCGAUAUCCCUAUCAGCAACACAGACAGGAACAAUCACAACCGAGCAAUGUAACACCGCAGAUGCACCACAGAAACACGCAGUUGGACCCCUAUCCUCGUCAACACUGACACAGGCAACGACACUCGCUUCCCUUCGUUAGCAUCCACGACAGAAAUAGUUGCGCCCCUUACGCCUGUCUACCCUGGGUAUAAGCGCGUUAUCUCUUUCCCGAAGGAUUUACUUUAUUUAAAGAUUCAUGAGACAUAUAUAGGCAAGAUAACAAUUUUGUUUUCUCUCUCUCUCUCUCUCUCUCUCUCUCUCUCUCUCUCUCUCUCUCUCUCUCUCUCCUUCCCCCUCUCUUCAGAUUUGCCAACGUUCUUUCCUCUUCCAGGAAUGAAAUUAUUAUAAAAAAUCGUAAUAACUAAAAAUAUGUGAAAAGAAAAGAAAUUGAUCCUUAUAGCUUAAUUCGUUAAUAUCAGAUUUUUGCGGCGCGAUUUUUAUUGCGUAGUCCUGCGUCGAUGUGAUAGCUGUGGUAUUCUUGUAUUCGUGCGUGCACGUGAGUACACGUGUACGUGUCACUUAAAGCAAUUAAAUACAAUAAGUAUUCGUAAUUGGCGGUACAAUUUUAUAUGAAUACGACACGAGGAGACAUAGAGAUUUGCGAUUGUCCGCAAUUCGGAAAAAUAAAAGAUUUAUUUUAGCUCGUGUAUAGUCGGAGUAAGCGGUUGAUAAACGCCAAAUUGCGACAUCCUCGCUAAUUUUUGAAUCUUUUGAUUAUCAAUAUCAUCUAUUAUUUCUAUCAUCUUUUAGUAUCCUCGAUCUUUUCUUACGACAAAACAAUCAAGUGUAAAUAACGACAGCUAGUUCUCUAUUAGUUCGCUGUCUCUCUUUCUUUUCUCACCUAUAAUCGAGUCUAAUCGGUGAUUUCUAUCCAUUUUGUUUAUAUACAGCGUGAGAGGUUAAUGAAAACUGUUCCGUGUAGAAUGUAUAGAAAAAUGUACUAUCUCGAUGUGUGUGUCUCGAGUAAAUACAGUGGUUUAUUAUUUUAUACGAAUUCAAAUACAAAUAUACAAGAAAAAGAAAGAUCAAGCUCGUAGAGCGUUCGUUAGGGUACAUGUAAUGUUCCCAAAAAAUAGACAUUAUAAUAUAAUAAUGUAACUGUACAAUACUAAAGAAACAUGUAAGACAACAUCUUUGAAACGCUGUGAAAAUUCGCAUCCUCUGAUGUGUUUUCCUACGACUUGUGUGAGAUUUAGUUUAGACGCGUAUUAUUAAUAAAUUUAGUUAGACACAGAGACAGCGAAAAACACAAUGAGAUCGCGGUUUUUAACCGAUUAAUCGGAAUCUGUACUAAAUGCGAAGCAAUGUCUCUCUUUACUUUGGAAACUUGUAAUUUCGUUGUAUUUUUUCUUGCCGCAUAUUGUAUUUCUCGAUAUCCGUCACGUUAAAUACGCGUCGCGUAGAGUAGGUGAACAACAAUGACCAGUUUAGAGAAGGUGUAAACUCAGUCGCGAACUCAGCAUCAAGGUAAACGUAGCGUACGUGUCUCUACAUGAGAAGAAAUGAUAUAUUUUCUUGCAACGUAUAAGAGGCGUAUAGAUAUUUGUAAAAAGGAAUAGGAUUUGUAAAUAUAACAAUUGGCGGUGUAGUAAGCGGUACAGAGAGAGCAAAGACGUGAACCCUUUUUAUUUCUCGUCUUUUAAUACGACUAUACAUGUUAGAGCUCGUUCGUCGGUUGAGUUAGUGAGAGGUGCGUUUUUUAAAAGUGAAAGAAAGAGGGAGGACACGUUCUCUUCUAAAUAUCUAAAAAAAAUAGAAAGGAAGAAACAUAUACACAUUCUUUGUACCAAGUUUGUCUGCCUAAGUCCCGAUGUUUAGAAAUUCUAUACAUUCAAUCAAUCGUUAUCAUUUCGAGAUAUAUCAUGGUUAUGCGAUAAAGAAAACUUUAGAUCUCUAGGAGAGAAAAAUUAAUACCUCGCAUUGUAUAGUACUCAUCCAUGUAGACGCCUCACGCCCGAAAUAUACUUGUAGCCAAAUCGAAA